AUGACUACCAAGGUGACAAAACGUAAACAGCACGGAACGUCUCAGAAUGGCGUCGAUGGUGUUGAUGAAAAGACGAAAAAGCGGAAAAAGGAACCGCGUUCCGAACCAUCGGAUGAGCAGACCAACCGCGGGGCGGAGGGACCGGUUUCGGUGGCAAUCAAACGAAGGAACCAGGUGGCCACCACCGAGGUUGUUGGAACUGAUUAUGUGAAGGAAUUCCGGCAAAUGCUGAAAUCCGGACUGGCCGCUACGGAUGCGAUUCGGCAUUUCUUGCAACGAUCGUACGCUGACCCGGGGCUAAUUGUGGAUUACAUUCGCACCGGCGGAACGGUCAAGCAGUUGCUAGAUCUACUAUCCUCGUGCGAAGCGGACAACUUGCCCGAUAUCGCCGUGCUGCUCAAUCUGCUUCAUUUGGUGCUGAUCGAGUGUGUCAACUACGACAAAAGCCACGCGGAGCAGGCGGCAAAGAGUGCCAAAACUUUGUUAACCGAGUUCCGGACAGUGAUCGUAAAAGUGUUGCGUGAUCGCACCGCAGACCAUACGGUAGCCUGCCGGACGGCCGGUUUUCGCAUACUCAAAGCGAUCCUGCUGGUGGAUGCAGCGGCCCACGGGAAGGACAUUCUGCGCCAGCUGGACGUAACACUGCCCGAGCUGGAGAUGCACAAGUGCCGCGAAUCGAAGACGGUCACCGUCGGUGGCCGCGAUUUGGCGAACGAAACGCUGCGGACGGUGUUUAUCGAUUUCAAUCUCGCCUUCCUGAUCGACACGCCACCGGAGAUCGUGCGGCUGUGGUUGUCCCGAUCGCACUUGCUGCACGCACUGACCGUCAAUCUGGUGUACGAUCACGCGGAGAAUGUGGUGCUGGUGAUGAAAAGCUUGCGCCAGUACGUGCUCGAGUGUCCGGCGGUCGAUAAGUACCUCUACCGGACGGUAUUUACGACCGACAUCCUGAAGGCGCUCGUCAACGGGUACGAGUGGGUCGGCCCAGAGAAGGUAGCCCCACGGGAGGAGAUGAAGCAGACGAUCUUUGCCGCCACUGAGGAGGUGGUGAUGCCGCUGUUAACCUCCCGGCGGCACUUUCUCGUGCCCAAAGCGAUCGACGUGGGUCGAGCCAGUAGCCGCCACAAGCACGUGCUGUUGGCACUGAAAAAUUCGCAACUGCACGAUCACCAGCGGCGUCUGGUGCUACGUGUGUUCGAAACGUGCCCCGAAAUGUUGCCGGCGGUGCUGGAAAACUUUGGUUCGUUGCUCAAAACCCGCCAGGCAGCGAGCCGUGACCUGGUGUUGGCCAUUUUGCGGCUCCACAAACCGGAAGACAUUGUGGCAGCGUUCGAGCCGGGCAUAACGGCCAAACUGGUUUCGCACUUUAUCGUCAAGAGUACGCUCCCGAGCACGGUGCUGGAGUACAUCGGAGUGGCCAUCGGUGAGCACCGUCAAAACAUCCCGUUCUGCCUCAAGUUCCUGUGCACGAUGAUCACGCGCUGCGAGGAGUACAUGGUGGCGAUCGAGCGGCACCGCGGCACGCUCGAUCAGUUCGACAUGAAGAGGAUCAAAUUCGAUGUGAUCAAUCAGAUUUUGGCCCUCUUUCCGAGCAUCGAUCGUAUUAUAGUGGCCAUGACGACGCACCGGGACGAUCGGACAGUGAAGUACUCGAACGUGGCCCUCGAGCACGCGAUGGACAUUCUGCUCGUGUGCAUUCGCUCGUUCCCAGCGUACAUCGAAUCGUCCUCGUUCAUCACCACCUACCGGGACAUCCUGAAGCCUGCCUACCGGACACCGGCCGCCGAGCACUUUUACCUCAACUACGAGUUCAAAGCGAUCAAGGUGGUGAUCGCCCUCGAACCGCAAAGCGUCUCGUUCGGUUCCGCUCUGUUCCCGUCCGUGUUGAAGCUCGUGGCCAAAGUGUACCUUAACGGCUCACCGGAGAUGAAACGGGAGGCAACGGAACUGCUGCUGGCGCUGUUCCGAAAAACGACGCUUUUCGGGCAUCGCGGAGCCGAGAUCGAAUUUUGGUUCCGGGCACUGUAUGACGCGAAACCAACGGUCGUGCCGGAACUGGUGGAAUAUCUGGCCCAAUCGGCUCGCACGGCAAGCUGUCAGCUCAGUCAACAGUCGGCCACCAACAGUACCGCCCCAUCGGCCGGGCACUCGUUAAUCGACGAAGCCUUCGUAGAGUCAGGCGUCCGGCGGACCGAUCUCGAUGCACUCUUUACGCGGGUCGAACAGGAGGAAGAGGGAACGACCACGGCCGCGGCUAGCGGAGUGGACUUCCAGGUAGAGGAACUGCCCGUGACGGACAACUUUUUCGUGUACAUGUUCGAUCAGCGGCGCCUUCAUCCGGCCAAGUUCCGUCGAUACCUGGACGCGGUCCUAUUGCGCUACUUCCACUAUCUGCCCCAUCCGGAGAUCGUCGAACGGGCUGUGCGGAAAAUGCAGGACCCCGAUCCAUCCGGGACAGAACAGGUAGCGUCACGCUUGAAUAAGUACAUCCGCAAGUGGAUGACCGGGAAAGAAUGCGUCCUCGACGAAGAAUGGGGACUUUUGGGCACCCUGAGCCGAGUGCUCGUGGCCAAAGACAAGGGUGUAGUCCUCGACCCGGCAAAUGGUGGACCGUGGCGUAACACACGCUCCGAUCUGCUGCACCUUCUCCACGAAACGAUCUUCUGUGUGUCGCGGUGGAUCGUUGCCGGCACCCUGACACAGGCGCAGCUCGAGGUGGCCUCGUUCUACGUCCACCGAUUGCUCGAGUUGCUCCUCGGCGAAGGAACACUCCUGUCGGACGGUGACCGAGACGAGCUGAUGGCCGGCCUGUUCCUACAGCGGCCGGUGUUGUUCCAACACUUUACGAUCAUCGUGAAGAAUGAGGAUCAGGCGACGAGCACCCUGCACCGGCUUGUGACCGGAUUCGUGUACGGAUUGAUGGAAAAGUUGCAACAUUUGCCCCACUUUGACCGCUACACGGCACUGUACUCGAACAAGGUUGUCACCGAGUUGAUCCGAACGUCCACGGAACGGCAGCAGGCGAGUGGUUCCGAACUGGAUGGCGCAUUGGUGCAGAAGUUGCUAGGCAUAUUUGAACUGAACGAAACACACUGCCGAACACUGUUGCGCCACUAUGCAGCCUUACCGGGCGAUGCGUUUGUGAAGGGGAACGAACGAUCGUACCACUACCAGCAGCUGUGCCUCGCGUUAAAGAAGCUAGCCAGUGGUGCGGGCACCGGUGCGAUCCUCUCCGAGCGAACCGUCCAUGGGCUGGUGCGCCUUUACAUGGAGCUGGCCACCGCGAGCACCGAGAGCAGUCUGGACGAGCUCGAAACGGCGCUGCUGGGCUACUUCAGUGUCUUCACGCACGCCAUCGCGUUUGUGGACGUCCCGCUGAUGACGGUGCUGUUCGAGAAACGCCAAAGGGUUGGCAAACCACUCGUAAAGUUGGCCUGCUUCCUGUUUGCGCGAGACUCCCGCUUCGAUGGAACAGUUCUUGAGUUGAUCGGACAGCACACGACGAAGAAGGAACUCGUGUACCCGCUGCUAGAUGUGGCCUUCCAGCGAUCGGUGUUUGACGUCGGCGAGUCGAGCGAAGACGACACCAAGCGGCGGCUGCUGGCGAAGCUUUACGCCGAGUUUAAGGGUGGCAUUCAGAAGACGUUGGAAAAGCCACACAAAGCGGCCAUCAUCUAUCGCGAAAACACGAACGCCAACGUGCGCCUCGUGCGGGCCUGUAUGCCACGGAACGAGUGUGUGGAUUUUGCGCGCAAAAAGCUGCGCAUCGAGGGGAUCGAACCGUUUCAGCUGGCCGUGCUGAUGGAGAUCUACGGCCGGGCGUUGGAAGCCUCGCAAGAGGACGGGAUGGCGCAGACCGUUGUCUACGGGAACGUGUUCGUGGUGCUGCUGCAGUGCUUCGAUGUUCUCUUCCGAACGGUAGCCUCCGGAGAGUACUUCCUGCAGCGACCCGACAGCCCGGUCGAGAAGCUGAACGAUCUGGUGCAAGCGCUGUACGGUUGGGCUUGCCAUGCGAGGCGCCACAAAGCGCUCCAGGAGAUGAGCUACGCGGCCGUGACGGGGAGUGCGGCCUGGAACUCGUUCUGCAAGACGUGCCUCAAACUCGGCAUCGAUAUGCCGCGCUGUGCCACGAACGCCCGGCGUUACGAUCACCGGCUGUACGUCCUACCGAAGCUGAUGGCCGUGCUGGUGGAUCGUUUCUACGCAAACGACAUCCCGCCGGAACAGGCGGCGGCGGCAGACAUCGAGCGGUACUACGAUUGGGCCCUGACUCACACCAACUCGCUGCGGGUGCUCCUCACGCAGUACGAGUUCGCCCCGAAGACGUACCUCGUGUAUCUACUGCUCGUGCUGGCGCGCAAGAACCCGCGCGUGGCCGACCGGAAGCACGUCCCGAUCCUGCUCGGGGCGUACGGAGCCACACUGACCGACACGAACCGCUACAUUCUGGCCCUGCUGCAGCACUACGAGCAGCGAGCCGGCGUCGAGAUGCACGAGUUCCGCCCGUUCCUGUGGGGUGAAACGGCCAUCAAGCACUUCUCGCUCGAAUCGAACGUCGGCGCAGCAGCCACCACCACCGAAUCCGAUCGAACGCGAUCCCGUGCGUUCCGCGUAAACAACGUGGAAGUAUUUUCGUUACUUUCGAAAGAUCGCAUACGGAGCACGAUCGAGGAUUUCCCCGUCUGGCGGAAGCUCGACUCUGGUUCGCAGCUGCCGGCCGUAAACUUUGACAAUCUAAGCGAGGACAGCGCAACGGCAGCGGGUAGUUAUCAACCAGUUAAUGAGGUGCAGCGCUUCGUGGAGCAUCAUCGGGAACGCGCACGACGCUCAAAGCAACUGCUAACUGCACUGGAACUCAAGCCGGAACAACGGUCGAAGGUUUACGAUCCGGCGUUCCUCAUCCCCAUGCUGGGCUACCUGUUUUCACCCGAGAACCCGGACAUGCUGAAUCUGGCCGGCCGCAUUGGGGCACUCUCGUUGCCGUUCCUCUGUUUGGCGAGCGACGACGAACGAAUGCGACUCGCAGCGGCCAGCGUGAUCGUGCGCAUCCGAGGGCAGCUGGAGCAGACGCGCCACUUUAUCGACUCGAAGUUUUGGCUUCACCUCUUCGGCGCCGUCCAGCGUGGCCUGGCAGUGACGAUACGGCCCGGGAAGGGCCACGAAGCGGCGGAGAUACAGCCGCUACCGAAAGUCCCACUACUGUCGACAAUCUUCAUCGCCGAAACGAUCAACUUGCUGCCGGAAGUGCUGAGUCCGCUGCACGGCCCGCUCACUCGCUACAUCCUUCACCGGGAGGCGUUCGACUUCCGGGCCAUCCCGAACUUUAUGGCCCUCUUCCACAGUGCAGACGUGAAGCACAACGUGCACCGCUCGUUCAUGCUCGCGACGAUCCAACACGGCCUGCAGACGCACGAUGACUUUGUGGUUUUGCGCGGAUCGCCCAUCAUUCGCGUGAUGAUGACCUUCUACGCGUCGCCGCUAUCGAACCGCGAGCUAAACAUCCUCAUUCUGAACUCGCUCAACGCGCUCACCAAGAUACCACGAUCCUGCGAGGUGCUGGUCAACUCGCUGGGCUUCGUUUCGUGGAUCCACGAGCGGAUCGACGCGAUCGAGGGCUUCCAGUUCGAUACGAUCGAAGCGUUUCUCGGGAUGCUAACCAACUGCUGGUACUCGAUGCAGACGGUCGCGAUCGAUCGAUCGGUGACCGUAGCGGCGACUAACCAGAAAGCGCACGGCUCGGCCACGGUGCCUUUCCAUCGGAGUGUGCUGAUCGCGACGCUCAAGUUUCUUCCGCUGCUAUCGACGCGCAGCUCAAGCAAAACGCUGAUCCGGUUCCUGCAUCUGCUCGAUCGGACCACCGGGGCCCGGUUCGCUAACGAACGGCUACUGACGCUGGUGAGCGACGAGUUGCUGCAGCAGAUGAUCGAGUACUUUGAGAAGAUGUUUGGCGAUCACCUUUGGUGCGUACGGUACGUGCGGCUUUGUGGAAGCGGAGGAUGCGACGAUGACACGCUGGUGGGCCGCAAGCUGACCGAGGCCGGAAUCGAUCGGACAACCGUGGCGAUCGUCACCAGCCUGCGAAGGUUCGUGAUCCGUUGGCAGAACUAUCAGAAGCGCACCGGGGUUGGUACACCGUCUGAGGAGCACGAGGAGGAGGAGGCCGAGGCCACGGCUACGAUCGACGAGCAGCAAGGACCGUGCCAGGAGCGAGCUUCCGACAGCGACGAUGAUGAUGAGUGAAGCGACGAAUAUUUGUGCAAAAAAUCCGACCUAUUGAGGGAAAUA